CAAUAAAAGUUCUUCAUUGAAGUUGAAGAACCGACUUCUUGAAGAUUAUAUUCUUUUAAUUUUUUGGUUUUUUUAGUGAUUUAAAGCAAUGGGUGUUUCUCAGAAUCAAGCAACAAUGGAGGGUUGGUUAUAUACAAUACGUUCUAAUCGUAUUGGCUUACAGUUCUCUCGCAAACGUUACUUCAUUCUUCGUAACAAUGUUCUCAAGAGCUAUAAAGAAAUCCCCAAUUAUGAGAAACAGGAGUCUGUUCGAAGUGCUGUAAUCAAUUCGAGCAUUCGGGUUACGGACAAUGGAAGGGCGAGCAUUAACAGAAAGGUUUGCUUCGUUUUCACCCUUUACAGUACUUCAGAUGAUAAGGAUCAGCUUAAGUUAGGUGCAACUAGUUCAGAGGAAGCAGCAAGGUGGAUUCAUUGCUUGAAGGAUGCUGCAUUAACGGAUUCUCCAUGUCGUUCAAAGAAUGUCUCGCCUUCUCCUAAGAUAUGGUCAUCUUUGAGAUCGGUUAAUCCGAAGAACACAAUCAACAAAGUCUCUGUCCAUUGGCCAUUCCACUCAUCCGUUAAUGCCGAUUCAAUGACAUCCGAUGUUGUUGCACCCUCACCUUGGAAGAUAUUUGGUUGUCAGAAUGGGUUACGGCUUUUCAAAGAAGCGAAAGACGUGAGUUCUCGUGGAAGGCGUUUGGAUGAUAUUCCGGCAAUAAUGGCUGUCGGUGUGGUCGAUGGGACCUCAGAGGCCAUUUUCCGUGUGAUCAUGUCUCUUGGCCCUUCAAGAUCAGAAUGGGAUUUCUGCCUCUAUUACGGCAGCGUCGUCGAGCACCUCGACGGUCAUACCGAUAUCAUUCACAAGAAGUUGCAUAGUGAUUGGCUACCAUGGGGAAUGAAACGAAGAGAUUUAUUACUUCAACGCUAUUGGAGACGAGAAGAUGAUGGAACAUAUGUGAUUCUUUACCACUCUGCAUCUCACAAGAAGCGUCCACCUAAAAACGGCUAUGUCCGUGCUCAUCUAAAAAGUGGGGGGUAUGUUAUCUCUCCGGUGAACAAUGGAAAACAGUCACUUGUGAAGCACAUGCUUGCUAUCGAUUGGAAGUUCUGGAAAAUAUAUCUCCGAACACCGACCACUAGAUCGUGGACAAUUCGUAUGCUCGAGAGAGUUGCAGCCUUACGAGAGCUGUUCAAAGCGAAACAAGGAAACUAUUUUCCUGAAUGCUUGUCUAUGGAGUGGACAAGUGAUAAACAUUUGGCUCAAACAAAAAAAGAGGAUGUUAAGAUUGAGGACGAUGCUCUAACAGAUGACAAGGCGGAGAAAACAACGCCCGGGCACGUAAGUCUAUUAGGCCUCAACGAAGAAGCGGAUGAGUUCUUUGAUGUUCCUGAAGCAGAUGAAUUCACAGACUACGAUCGCUUGGACAGUGAGUGGUCUCCUGGACCAAGUUCUCCGAGCAAAUCACUGCCGAAAUUAACAUCAGCAAGCCAUCUAGUGAGAAAAUUGCAGAAUUUUGCAAAUCAAAAGAAGGGUUACACGGAGUAUCAAGAGGUGGCUCGGGACGACGGCAGAGUCUUCUCCUACGGAACCUCUCUCCAAAAGGACCCGACGUGUACUUUACCAUGCAGUUGGUCAGCCGGCGACCCUUCUUCGUUUUUGAUACGUGGUAAAACUUACCUGCAAGACAACAGAAAGAUCAAGGCAAAUGGAACGCUGAUGCAAAUGGUUGGGGCAGACUGGUUAAUAUCCGACAAACGAGAAGAUGAUCUGGGCAACCGAGUCGGUGGCAUCGUUCAGAAAUACGCAGAACGUGGUGGACCAGAGUUUUUCUUUAUCAUCAACAUGCAGAUUCCCGGAUCGCCGACGUAUACACUAGCACUGUACUACAUGAUAAAAACCCCCAUUGAAGAUCACCCAUUGCUGUGCAAGUUUGUCAAUGGAGAUGAUGUCUAUAGAAACACGAGAUUUAAGCUCAUACCAUAUAUUUCUAAGGGAUCAUGGAUAGUCAAACAAAGUGUUGGAAAGAAAGCUUGCUUACUUGGUCAAGCUCUCGAUACUCGAUACUUUCGUGGAAAAAAUUACUUGGAGGCAGAAAUCGAUAUCGGGUCUUCUACGGUGGCACGGGGCGUAGCUAAUCUUGUUCUCGGAUAUCUGAACAAUUUGGUUGUAGAAAUGGCGUUCAUAAUACAGGGUAAUACACAGGAGGAGUUACCGGAAUCCCUACUUGGAACAUGCCGGCUUAAUCAUCUCGAUCUAUCAAAGGCUCACGUUGCGUUGCCAUGAUUAAUCAAGAGGUUGAAUCGAACACGAACCAUUGUAUAAAUUCUUUUAAAUUUUGAUUUACCUUACCAUUCAAUCAAAUUGAAAGUGAAAAUAUGAAUCCAUUGGUUUGAUUGUUUAGUAGGGUUUAUAUAAUUCGUUCCAUGUAUUUU